AUGUCGCCCUCAGUAGCAGACCUCCCCUCCGGCCUCUCAGACUCCCAAAUCGCAUCCUUCUGGCGCGAUGGCUACCUCCUCAUCCCCAACUACCUCUCGCAAACCCAAUGCACAACCCUCCUCUCACGUAUAAACCAACUCCUAACCGACUUCACCCUGAAAGAUCACCCAAUGACCAAAUUCGUCACCGGCGAGCAAAAAGACGGCGUCUACGAAGGCGACACCCACGUCGGCGACGACUACUUCCUCACUUCCGGCGACAAAGUGCGCUUCUUCUUCGAGGAAGACGCCUUCGAUAAGAACGGCGACCUGAGCAAGCCCAAAGAGAAAGCGAUCAACAAGAUCGGGCAUAAUCUGCACGGUUUGGUUGAGGAGUUCGGGCAGAUCAGUCAUGCAGGCAAGAUUGGGCAGCAGAAUGCUGCUAUAGCCAAAGAUCUGGGGUAUAGAGAUCCACGGCUGUUGCAGAGUAUGGUCAUUUGCAAGCAGCCGGAGAUUGGUGGCGCUGUACCGCCUCAUCAGGACUCGACGUUCUUGUAUACGGACAAGCCGAGUGCGGUGGGUUUCUGGAUCGCGCUUGAGGAUGCGACCAAGGAGAACGGCUGUCUAAGUUUCGCCCCGGGUAGUCAUCGCCGCGCACCUAUACGAGAGCGGAUGGUCAGAGCGAAGGGCAAUGCAGGCACCGUCUUCGAGAAGAUCACAACGGACGAGCAAAAGUGGCCACGCGGCUUCGAUCACGAAGAGGCGGACAGCGAGGAGGACUAUCAGCUUGGUGAGGUCAAGGCUGGUACCUUGGUCUUGAUCCACGGCAACAUCUUGCACAAAAGCGAGAAGAAUUUGUCUCAGAAAGGCCGCAUGAUCUACACAUUCCACCUCAUCGAGGGCGAAGAGCACUACGACGACCGGAAUUGGUUGCAAGUGCCUGGCGGACCGGCUGCAUUCACGAAGCUGGACGGCACAGCAUGA